AAAUCGGGAAAAGGGGAUGAGCUGGGCUGGCUUCCGUCCUGACGGCCAAGGCUAAUUCUCCCUCGAGUUCUUGGGAGAUGGGCGUUUGGCGAGAAGGCUGGCGUUAGUGAAGCGCGCCGGGCGUCACGGUGAGUGCGGGUCUUGGGCCCUGGCACCUGUCCUCUGGGAAGUCGUCCGCUGUGAAUCCCCUCUCCUUCCACCAGCUGCUGGUCACCCGGGAGACAAGCCCUGUCCGCGGAGAGGAGUGGGACAACUCCGAAAGGCAGCAGCAAUACUCAACAUAAAUAUCUGUUCUUGAACUCCUGGGCUCAAGCAGUCCUCCCACCUCAGCCUCCCAGAGUGUUGGGAUUAUAGCUGUGAGGCACCACGCCCAGUCAGUGCACUGCUUUUUGCAUGGAGAAAGUCUUGCUACUACUGUAAAAAGAAAAGAACUACUUUUAAGGAAAUAUAGCAUCCAUUGUGAAAAGGGAAAAGUAAAGAUAAUUCAUCAUGCCUGCUGUGGCUUCAGUUCCUAAAGAACUCUACCUCAGUUCUUCACUAAAAGACCUCAAUAAGAAGACGGAAGUUAAACCAGAGAAAAUAAGCACUAAGAGUUAUGUGCACAGUGCCCUGAAGAUCUUUAAGACAGCAGAAGAAUGCAGAUUAGAUCGUGAUGAGGAAAGGGCCUAUGUGCUAUAUAUGAAAUACGUGACUGUUUAUAAUCUUAUCAAAAAAAGACCUGAUUUCAAGCAACAGCAGGAUUAUUUCCAUUCAGUUCUUGGACCUGCAAACAUCAAAAAAGCCGUUGAAGAAGCUGAAAGACUCUCUGAAAGCCUUAAACUAAGAUAUGAAGAAGCCGAAGUCCGGAAAAAACUUGAGGAAAAGGACAGGCAGGAGGAAGCACAGCGGCUACAACAGAAAAGGCAGGAAACAGGAAGAGAGGAUGGUGGCACGUUGGCUAAAGGUUCUUUGGAGAAUGUAUUGGAUUCCAAAGACAAAACCCAAAAGAGCAAUGGUGAAAAGAAUGAAAAAUGUGAGACCAAAGAGAAAGGAGCAAUCACAGCAAAGGAACUAUACACAAUGAUGACGGAUAAAAACAUCAGCUUGAUUAUAAUGGAUGCUCGAAGAAUGCAGGAUUAUCAGGAUUCCUGUAUUUUACAUUCUCUCAGUGUUCCUGAAGAAGCCAUCAGUCCAGGAGUCACUGCUAGUUGGAUUGAAGCACACCUCCCAGAUGAUUCUAAAGACACAUGGAAGAAGAGGGGGAAUGUGGAGUAUGUGGUACUUCUUGACUGGUUUAGUUCUGCCAAAGAUUUACAGAUUGGAACAAUUCUCCGGAGUCUGAAAGAUGCACUUUUCAAGUGGGAAAGUAAAACUAUCCUGCGCAAUGAGCCUUUGGUUUUAGAGGGAGGCUAUGAAAACUGGCUCCUUUGUUAUCCCCAGUAUACAACAAAUGCUAAGGUCACUCCACCCCCACGACGCCAGAAUGAAGAGGUGUCUAUCUCAUUGGAUUUUACUUAUCCCUCAUUGGAAGAAUCAGUUCCUUCUAAACCUGCUGCCCAGAUACCACCUCCAUCUAUAGAAGUAGAUGAAAAUAUAGAAUUGAUAAGUGAUCAAAAUGAGAGAAUGGGACCACUGAAUAUAUCAACUCCAGCUGAACCAGUUGCUGCCUCUAAAUCUGAUGUUUCACCCAUAAUUCAGCCAGUGCCUAGUAUAAAGAAUAUUCCACAGAUUGAUCGUACUAAAAAACCAGCAGUCAAAUUGCCUGAAGAGCAUAGAACAAAAUCUGAAAGUACAAACCAUGAGCAACAAUCUCCUCAGAAUGGAAAAGUUAUUCCUGAUCGUUCCACCAAGCCAGUAGUUUUCUCUCCAACUCUCAUGUUAACAGAUGAAGAAAAGGCUCGUAUUCAUGCAGAAACUGCUCUUCUAAUGGAGAAAAACAAACAAGAAAAAGAACUUCGGGAAAGGCAGCAAGAGGAACAGAAAGAGAAACUGAGGAGGGAAGAACAAGAACAAAAAGCCAAAAAGAAACAAGAAGCUGAAGAAAAUGAAAUUACAGAGAAGCAACAAAAAGCAAAAGAAGAAAUGGAGAAGAAAGAAAGUGAACAGGCCAAGAAAGAAGAUAAAGAAACCUCGGCAAAGAGGGGCAAAGAAAUAACAGGAGUAAAAAGACAAAGUAAAAGUGAACAUGAAACUUCUGAUGCCAAGAAAUCUGUAGAAGACAGGGAAAGGUGUCCAACCCCAGAAGUACAGAAAAAGUCAACAGGAGAUGUGCCCCAUACAUCUGCGACAGGGGAUUCCGGUUCAGGCAAGCCAUUUAAGAUUAAAGGACAACCAGAAAGUGGAAUUCUAAGGACAGGAACUUUUAGAGAGGAUACAGACGAUACCGAAAGAAAUAAAGCUCAACGAGAACCUUUGACAAGAGCACGAAGUGAAGAAAUGGGAAGGAUCGUACCAGGACUGCCUUCAGGCUGGGCCAAGUUUCUUGACCCAAUCACUGGAACCUUUCGUUAUUAUCAUUCACCCACCAAUACUGUUCAUAUGUACCCACCGGAAAUGGCUCCUUCAUCUGCACCUCCUUCCACCCCUCCAACUCAUAAAGCCAAGCCACAGAUUCCUGCUGAGCGGGAUAGGGAACCUUCCAAACUGAAGCGCUCCUACUCCUCCCCAGAUAUAACCCAGGCUAUUCAGGAGGAAGAGAAGAGGAAGCCAACAGUAACUCCAACGGUUAAUCGGGAAAACAAGCCAACAUGUUAUCCUAAAGCUGAGAUCUCAAGGCUUUCUGCUUCUCAGAUUCGGAACCUCAAUCCUGUUUUUGGAGGUUCUGGACCAGCUCUUACUGGACUUCGUAACUUAGGAAAUACUUGUUAUAUGAACUCAAUAUUGCAGUGCCUAUGUAAUGCUCCACAUUUGGCUGAUUAUUUCAACCGAAACUGUUACCAGGAUGAUAUUAACAGGUCAAAUUUGUUGGGGCAUAAAGGUGAAGUGGCAGAAGAAUUUGGUAUAAUCAUGAAAGCCCUGUGGACAGGACAGUAUAGAUAUAUCAGUCCAAAAGACUUUAAAAUCACCAUUGGGAAGAUCAAUGACCAGUUUGCAGGAUACAGUCAGCAAGAUUCACAAGAAUUGCUUCUGUUCCUAAUGGAUGGUCUCCAUGAAGAUCUAAAUAAAGCUGAUAAUCGGAAGAGAUAUAAAGAAGAAAAUAAUGAACAUCUUGAUGACUUUAAAGCUGCAGAACAUGCCUGGCAGAAACACAAGCAGCUCAAUGAGUCUAUUAUUGUUGCACUUUUUCAGGGUCAAUUCAAAUCUACAGUACAGUGCCUCACCUGUCACAAAAAGUCUAGGACAUUUGAGGCCUUCAUGUAUUUGUCUCUGCCGCUAGCAUCCACAAGUAAAUGUACAUUACAGGAUUGCCUUAGAUUAUUUUCCAAAGAAGAAAAACUCACAGAUAACAACAGAUUUUACUGCAGUCAUUGCAGAGCUCGACGGGAUUCUCUAAAAAAGAUAGAAAUCUGGAAGUUACCACCUGUACUUUUAGUGCAUCUGAAACGUUUUUCCUAUGACGGCAGGUGGAAACAAAAAUUACAGACAUCUGUGGACUUCCCAUUAGAAAACCUUGACUUGUCACAGUAUGUUAUUGGUCCAAAGAACAAUUUGAAGAAAUAUAAUUUGUUUUCUGUUUCAAAUCACUACGGCGGACUGGAUGGAGGCCACUACACAGCCUAUUGUAAAAAUGCAGCAAGACAACGGUGGUUUAAGUUUGAUGAUCAUGAAGUUUCUGAUAUCUCCGUUUCUUCUGUGAAAUCUUCAGCAGCUUAUAUCCUCUUUUAUACUUCAUUGGGACCACGAGUAACUGAUGUAGCCACAUAAGGAGACAUAGGUUAUAAACUAGUUAUCUUUUAAAAGGCUGAACAACACAACUCUUGAAAUGCUUAUCAAGAUAAUGGUAGCUAUAGCUGACCGAUUAGAGGAAUUCUAGGACAGUGGGAGCUGUGUUACUAGCACUAUAUAAUUCCGGUCAGUGCUGACAAAUAACAUUUAACAAGUAUUGCAGUAAGCAUCACUUACAGGUACCAUUUAUUUCAAAACAACUUUUUUAGUCUGCUCCAAAGUUAAAAUACUUAACUAGCUAAGCAUUAUUAUUCUACUGGUCUAAAAACCAUUGUAUCUUUUUUUUUCCUUUUCACUGUUACGGCCUUUUCACAUUUCUAAAUCCCAUCUUGAUAUACUAUGAAUACUCUAGAAUGAUGUAAAGCAGAUAGGAAUGUAUGUGUACAUAUUUAUUGCAUACUUGCACAUCAGAUCGAUGUACAUAGUUUAACACGUCCUUUUGUGAAACCUAGAACUCAGAGGAUUGCUUUUUUUCUUUCAGCCUAUUUUGAGUAACUUCAGUGCUUUCUUAGGAAAAUGACAGGGCAAAGCGAUUUUUCUGUUGGCUUUGGGCUGUAUUUGUGCACUAAAUCUUUAUUCUAAAAAAAUAAAAUGGAAACUUUAAUUUUUUUAAAAUGAAAAUUUCAUUUACAGCUACAUUAAAAUCUUAAUGAGAAAAAUAAUUUACAAACCUGUGGGUAUUCUGUCUUUAAUAUUGUAUUAUCAAAUAUGGGACAGUAAAACCAUAGAUUUUAUAUACACACGUGCUCUAUAAUAACACCCAGAGUCGUCAUUCUUUCAAGACUAGUCUUCUCAUGUAUUGAGAAUAUUCAUUCUAAAUAUUAAAGUAAAAAUGCUGGGAGUCAGGCAUGAUUGCAAAGUGAACUGCAUUGUAAAUGACAUCUUUACAGAGUGAUGUAUUAAGAGGGUUAAAGGAGCUUAUAACUUAUUUAACCGAGGGACUCAGUUGCUACCUAUGUAGUCAGUAAAACACUCCAUACAAAAAUAAGAUUCUAAAAGUGCUUCAGAAAGAUACCACCAUUGGCAGGCUCUCAGGGAGAAGAUGAAAGGAUCGGGUUCAAAUUGUGAAGCUGACAACUUUUCAUGUUUUUCAGUUAGUCUAAGAGACCACUUCUUGGCUAAAUUAUUGUAUCAGAUAUAUUCAAAUCAUAUUCUUAAAUUCACAGAGCCAUUUGAACAAAAAUUAUUGUUUAGCUUCAUGAGUAUCUUUGGAAAAUAAUUUGUUGAAUAUAUAUAAUUAAGAGAGAUUUUCUGAUAAACUCCGAAUUUUGAAACCUGAACUCACUAUAUAAUCUGCAGUGUUUUGAAGGCGUCCAUCCAUUAGCACUGUAUUAUAUUCAUACUGCCUUUUUAAGUGAACCAGGACCCAUCUUCUGGAUGACAGACUUAAGAUAAAAGGUUGUAUAACAUUCCCACAAGGCAUAAAAAUGUUAAUAAUGCAAGUAAGUUCUACGAGUUUAAUGACCAAGCGAAAUUCCACCACCAGAUCCUGAUUGCUUGUUUUGCAGUGUACAGGAAACACCAUUUUCCUGGCUCUUAAUGCUUUUGUAUUGGUAUGGAAAAGGGCUGGCAGCUAUAGAACAGGAGAUAUGCCGUAGCAUUUUGAACUGAAGUAUCUGGAAUCUCACUGACUCGUGUGUCAUCAAAGCUAUACCAGGCCUGGGUGAAUGAAUUCUUGCAGAAAGCAGUGUAGUGGCCACCAUCCAGAUCACCAAAGUGGUUCUAUGGGAGAAAGGAAUGUCAAACUUAGUAUUCACAUACAAACACCACUAACUACUGGAACAGAAAUGAUAGAGCCAAGAAAUGCUUUUUAAAUUGUCCCUUAUACUAAAUUAAAAGUGAUAAUUUUGUCGUUAAACCAUGCAUAUAGCCUGACUGCUAUAUUGCUUCUCAUUUGAUUGUAACUGCUUAUAUGUUGUGCCCAUUGACUAUCAUCUGUGAAUAAAGACAAUAUUUGGCGGCA